AUGUCAACGGAUAACAUCAACAACCCUGUAAUAACAGACACUUCCACAGGAAAUACGUCUAACACGGAAAGGUUUACUCAGAUGUUGAGAAGGUCAAGUGUGAGAUUAAGAGCGACGUCCGUCCCAGCAUUAGAUUCUGAACAGACAACGAAUCCCCCAUUGGGGCCCGACCGGUCACCUGCCGCUGAGGAAGCUACGCCUACUGCGACGAGCAGCCAACGAGGUGGGAACCGGGGAAGAGGUCGUCGAACUGCUAGAGGAUCGGCUAGACCUACUGUCGAGAACAGGAACCAGGAAGGCGGAACCCCGUCGGUGACACUCACAGUGCCGGGCGCCAACGCAAAUGGAAGUGCAACUCCUGGAGCGCCUUCGGCAUCUAAUCUUCAACCAGGAAGCGGUUUGUCAGCAAUCAGUCAAGUGGGUUUAGGUACAACCCAGGGGUCCAAUCGUACCUCCGUCAUCCACCCGGCAGGUUCAAACUCGACAGGAUUAAUCGCUGAAGAGAACGUUGGAGGCAAUGCAACCGUGAUGCCACCGCGAGGUGAUGCCUCUCAGAGAUGUGUGACCGAGUAA